CGAAAAGCGGACGUAACUUCCAUAAUCUGAAGCGUCCACUUAUGCUUUUUGUUUACAUUAAUGGUGGGUCUACUAUCUGUCGAGUGGAUUGAUAAAAACAGGUUUUUAAAAUAGUAAAAACUUAAUCGACAAAGGAUAGCUGAUGUGUUAUAUCGUCAUUACAUGAUAUCGACCCGAAACGCCAGUAUGUGGACGUUACUGUAUGUUUCGCUGUUCGCAGCUUUUGCCUAUCACGUACAAGCAGGUGUAGUUAUUGAGAGUGUAGAUGGAUCGAACUCCACCAAGGGUUGUGCAAAGAAUUACUAUGGGGAGAAUUGUGAUAUUUAUUGCAAAGAAAACGAGAGGUAUAUAUGUUCCGUGAAUGGUACCAAAAUAUGCAGGAAUGGAUUCCAAGCCCCAGAACAAGACUGUAUGCUCGAUACAACGCCUAACCCAGAGUGCCCGGAUGACGGGGACUGUAUCAACGGCUUUUGUCGGGCAAAAACGUGUGUAUGCAACCCUGGUUGGAGAGGACGAUUCUGCCACAUUCAGAUUCUCGGAUGUGAACCAGCUCCCGGUCCUUGUUUGAAUGGCGGUACCUGUCGUCAUACAUCGGGGGUGGAAAGAUUCAAUUGUUUCUGUACUCCUCAGUGGACCGGAAGAUACUGCGAGACGCCCCUCCAGCCACCCUGUACCCCACGAGAUGACUGUAGCGGACAUUACACGUGUGUAGGGAACAAUAAGGUGUGCUUACCUGGAUGGACAGAUCCAUCCCGAGAUUGCACCGUCAGAACUAUCCCUCAACCAAAUGACCCAGAGUGUCCGAUACAAGGAUUCUGCCAACAGGGAUCGUGCUUCCAGGGUCGAUGUUGCUGCAACCAACAUUGGGAUGGUCUUCUAUGCAGUUGUAAGAAGCUUUACUGCAACGAUAGACCGUGUCAGAAUGGAGGUGCGUGUCGCAAUUUGGAAGACGAUUAUUCGUGUACCUGCCCACCUGGCUGGACGGGAAAAAACUGCGACCAAAGAACAUCUAACGUUUGAUUCGUAUAACUGGACCUCAACGAAAAAAAACAGUUGAAUUUUUUAAUUUAAAAAAUGAACUUAUAUUAAGUUAUAUUGCAUGUAGUCCC